GUAUAAGUGUAGGAGGCGCAGUUGUUAGCACUACAAGUCAGUCAAGGAAGUGUAAGAGGUAUUAAAAUUGUCGGCUGUCAUCAUGAUAGAUCGAUCUAUGGAACAUCGUCGGCGGGUCAGUUUCAUUGCCAUGCCAUCAUGCAGUGGAGAUUGCAGAUUACCAUCAGCAUUCUGCCCAUGAAAAGCGCCAGAUGAAGAGACCGAUCUUAUGGCCUAGCUACUCUGUUAGUAGGGAGGGAUGUACGAGGGAUGAGCUUUCAAGGUUGUUCUUCUCGGCAGUGCGCGGCUAUGGAGGGUCCAAGGGGUAUGGAGGGUCCAAGGGGUAUGGAGGGUCCAAGGGCUAUGGAGGGUCCAAUGGCUAUGGAGGGUCCAAGGUUGUUGUUCUCGGCAGUGCGCAGCUAUGGAGGGCCGCGAUGAGGUGGUCGCUUGAAGACCCAGGACUUUUCCGCAGGGCGGCUCGAAGUGGCCAAAGCACAGAAGCUGAAGCGAUGAGCAUGGUUGCUGGCUCCGGUAGGGCUGGGCGAGGGAUGAUUGCUGGGCGGACGGAUGGGAUAGGAUGGGGAGGAACAGAUGACAUCAGUGAUAAGGAAAAUGAUUGCGCGUGGAGUAUGCAUCGUGGUAGUUAUGACCAGCAUCGAGGCCAAGUACUUGGUUCAACGGCAGGGCAUAUUCCACGUGCAGAGGAGUGUGGAAAAGCCUCAAGCUGGACUUGCCAAUCCAGCAGAAGUGAUGCCUCUGAGAAGACACUCAGUAAUGAACAGGGAGGGCAAAAGGUCACUUCAUCAUGGGAAACUUUUGAUGGGACUAUGGAGAAAGGGGAAUCGAAGAGGUCUUUAGUGGUGUUGAGACUGACGGAAGGAUUUUCCACCAUCCCUGUCCUUGCGUUCGGCGAUGUCAGAGUUGGGAGCACAAAGGUAGUGACUCUCUGGGUGGAGAAUUGCAGUUCUCUCCCGAAAGAAGUCGUUGAAGACAAGAUUCUAUGUAGCAAGGGAUUCAGGCUGAGCUGCCAGCCUGAUAAUCUAGGCAACUUUGAGAACUCAGAGGAUGGUGCUGAAUUGGAUAAGUAUGCAGGACAGCCGAAACGUAGGCCUUGUUCAUUUGUCGUGCGUCCUCGAAGCGUGACUUGCUUGUGGGUGUCCUGGAAACCGGUGGAGGAAGGAGCAUGCCAGGAAGAGCUGACUUUGAAGUGGGAUCAAAGUCGUAAGCUUUGUGUUGUCCUGCAAGGAACAGGUGUUUCCCUACCCCCCAAGGCGAAGAAGGGUGGAGUACAGAAGCGUUCUCUUCCAGGAAGUCCCCUGCGAGUGCUUUCACCGAACGAUUCCAGGUUUGCUGUGCGCCAGAGAAGCGGAUCUGUCGUGGAACAGUUUCUGUCACUGCUGCGCUCUACGGGGGGUGACGGUGUUAACUGUGUAGCACAGGUUGGAAUGACUGAUGGUCAGGCGAUGGAUACAAAGGAUUAUCUCCAGGGGAACAUGGUAAAGGCAGAAUCUGCUGAUGCCAUCGAUUGCACCCACCGGUCCGACGUUACUGCCGCCGAGGACAGGACAGCAGCGAACAAUGAGGAGCUCUUUACUGUCCGAAAAAAGGGUAUUAGAAAAGAUUCAUUGGCUGGGGGCAAAACAUUUCAAAGCCAGCCUGCUCUUCUUGAGCGGGCUUCUGACUGCAGCGGGAGUUCUGGGACUCCUCUCUUCAUCAAUGCUGAUAAGGAUGGAGGUUGGAAGGGAGAGCACAAACCACUGGGGAGUGGAUUUCAAGGUAGCAUGCCAAUUUCUUCUUGGCAUAAUCUCAACAGUAGCAAGGAGGGAAGUUGGAAGGCAGCAGUGGAAGAACCAAAGGCUGUGCUUCAGAGUUAUCGCACCUGUGAUGACAGUGGUGCACAUGGAGCCCCACAACUUGGGCCAGAUUUGAAGCCCGUGGGAUACAAUUUCACCACGGAGAAAGCUGCUUCUGAGUCGAUGGCACUCGUUGCAGAUGUUAACAAAUGCCAGUAUGCGAAAACCCGUCGGGCCAGGCGGACCUGGCAGCGACCUGCAGUCAUUACUCUUUGUCCACAGGAGUCGGCUCGCCAGUCAAUAAUCUUGUCACCAGUUAAGUCCUAUUCAGAUGACACCAGCUCAAAGAAGUGGCGGUUGAUGGCACUCCAGGAUGAGGAGGCCAGCGAUGGACAGUCGGGUGCGAGAGAUUAUGAGCCCAGCACGCCUGCCGACUUCACUGACCAAAGUUCACCGUCAUGCGGCGGAGGUGCAAUGACUGAAGGUUUGACCAGUAGCCUGUUUCCUAUCCACAUUGGGAGGCAGCCAACUCGUCAGCAUCGACUCAAAACACCUGUCCCAGUCAAAAGCAAGGACAGGGGUGACCAAGGGGCAAAGGCCAAAGCACAGAAGCGGCUGCCUCUGCAGACAUCGAAAAGGAGGGCUUUUGCAGCCAUACCGGCACCCAAGGCCCCGGGUUCGCUGAGGACGUUGAGCAGUGGCACGGCAAUGACACGUGUGACCACGCCAGUGACGCCUGCAUUAAUGGCGAGUCAUGGUGGCAACGCUGCCACUUCCCAAAUGUCUCUGCCCAUGUCAUUGCAAAGGACUUCGCAUCAGCUGGGGCCAGACUUUAGGACCAUCACUCCAGGAUCAACAUUCAUCUCGCUGGCCAGUCAUGAUACACCCUCAAGCAUAGGAAGGCCUGUGACGACACCAACUAGUCGCAGGUUGUCUUUCCGAAAGCCAGGUGCUGUGACGCCUUCCUCGGCUGAUGCCAUGGCCAGAGGGAAGUUGUCUAGACAAAUGACUGGAGGGAAAAGAACCUUCAGCUACUUCCAUACACAAUCGUCGAUGGACAAGCAGGAGAGAGCACUCACGACAUGGAUGAAUUACCUCUUAGACUCAGACGAUUCUUGGUUGCAAGGAAAUGAGGACGUGCUGGGCUGGAGUGAGCAUGACAGCAACCCAACCAACGGACUGGAGCCGGCAGCAAAGAUGAUGAGAAGGGCGUCGAUUGGGUAUUGCCAGAGGAGGGCAAACGGACGUGCAAAAAGACUUCUUGAUACGGGCGGGAAAGCGGCAGCAGCACUAAACCCCAGUAGAGAAUGUGUGCAGAAGAGGGAGCUGGAGUCUGAUUCAGAAUGCAGUCUCCAGAGGGAAUCCCAAGACUGGAAAUGGCAAAUACAUCGGCUGAGAGAUCAUAUUUGGUGGCUUUACUGCAAAGAAGAGACGCUGAUAACAACCAUGCUACGGGUUGAAAAGCAAAUUGAUGAGGGGCGAAUUGUGAUGAGAGAUGGCUGCCCAAUUGUCAAUGACAUUGGUCUGAGGGAGAAGGCAGUUCGCAUUUUGAUGAGCUACAAUCCUAUCUGGCUCCGUCUUGGUGUUGAGGCUGUUCUCGGUGGCCCAAAGUUUCUCGCUGGCCCAAACCGAGGCACUCAGGGUCCAGAGAACGAAGCAACAUCAACUUCGUCAUAUGAUGGGAGUGAUUUCAAUUUCUUGUCGCUUCAACAGUUUGUGGUGAACAAAUUUCUUGGAGACGAGACUUUGACGAAGGACUACUCUGGGAGCAACAACAGAUUCUUGGACACCCUUGUGAAGGAAGAGUAUCACAACGAAUUGGGCCAGAUAAUUCUCAAACGGUUUCUUCUUCUUGUUCUCCUCCUCGAUCGUGCCAAAGUAACAGCGACCACAGUGUCUAUCGAGUCACCAUUGCUGUUCCGGAGAAACGCUGUGGUCAAAUCAAGCAGAGCUGUUGUGAGAGAGUUCCUUUCUGACUGCCUCUUGGGAGAAGGAGACAUUUUGCGGAACCUUGGACGGCUCAAUUACCAUUUAUCUUAUGUCCAGCGGGCACAGUCUCUGAUGAUGGUGAUGGCAGGGAAUGCUGGUCAAAGAAGACGAAGGGCACAUUGGGAAGUAGGAUAUGAAAUGAGUGGGCGGGAGAGAGAAGCAUGCGAGAAUGCCAAGACGGAGGCUGCUGUCAAGAACUUCGAACUAAUUCAUUGCUGUGUUAGGAAGCUCGGGAUUCCGGAGAUUCUCGUCCACUCUGACAUGACAGAGGGGAACAUGGCGUCAAAUGAGAAGAUCGUCAUUGCGUUCACAGCGUUCUUGUGCUCCCGGCUUCUGGAGUUCAAGCAGCAAGUAUCAGCUCCGAUUCUUGAGUUCAAUUUUCACAUAAAGGACUUGGCAGUGGAUUUGCAUAAUGGCAUUUGCGUGGCAAAGGUUUCAGAGAUGCUGAUAGGCAAUUGUGGCCUCCUUGAGAAACUCAGGGUACCGGUGACGUCGAAGAUAGCAAGUAUUUUCAACUGGGAACUAGUCCUUCGAUCCCUGCGGGAUGCAGGUAUGGCAACUGGGGGCAUCAAUCCUGCUGAUUUGGCAGAGUGCAAGAGAGAGAAGACCAUAGAUCUCCUGUGGCGGAUAAUGCUGAAGUGGCAGAUUCCCCAGCUUGUGUGCAAGGAGCGAGUGAUGGAAGAGAUAGCGAAGGUUCGACUUCUUGAGAGACGAAGGCAGCACAGCUUGUCUUCUAAGGAGAGGAGCUUGUCACCACUGAAGCUUUUGGACACAUCUGAUGAAGUAGACUUGCUGCUGAAAUGGGUACAGGUGGUGUGUGGGUCAUUUGGUGUGGUUGUGGGGGAUUUCACGACAUCAUUUGCAGAUGGGCGUGCUCUCUGCUACUUGAUCACAUACUACUUGCCUUCCCUUCUCUCUGAGAAAGAUGUUGUGCAACAACGAUAUCAGCGAGAAUCACAUUCAACCAGCAAAGAGCAGUGCAUGACACUGCUCACUCGAUCACAGACCAAGGCCAUGGACCGGAAGGCAGGAGAAUCCUUCCUGGCCUAUGAGGAACGCCUGGCGGCAUUCAUUCAGGAGGCCAACGAUAGGGCUGCCGCCGUGGCCAAGGAACGUAAUCGGCUUGAACAAGAGGAGGAGGCCAAGCGACAGGAGGAACAGGACCGACUUCGUCAAGAAGAGGCAGACCUGCAGGCGGCAGCCGAACACCGGUCACGCCAGCGGGAACSACUGUUCACGCRGGRGACCGUGAUCGGCGAUGAGGCCGCACAUUGGGUGGAAGUGACAUCUGCAGACGGGGCCCCGGAGAUUGAGAAAGGGCUGUCAGCCCUUGCGCAGGUCUCCGACGACCUCGUGGCCACCUGCGCUCUGCAUCAGGAGGAAAUCCUUCACCUGCAGCAGACAGUGGACCAGAUGCUCGCACGGCUGCAGGCGUUGGAGAAACAGCCAGCUGCUGUAGCAGCCGCAGGGCCUUCCACCCUUACCACCCGUGUGCAAGUUUUGGAGGAUGACGUCAGCAACAUCAAGCGUGUGCAUCAGGACUUCCGGACGUCRCAGCAAGCAACGAACUUGCAGUUGGAGACGCAGAUUGGGCAAGCGGCCUGCAACGCUUUGCUAGAUUGCGGCGCAACUCGCAACUUCAUCAGCCAGCCCUUCAUGACUCGGGCUGGCCUUGGCGCACAAGUACGGAGGAAGUCAGAUCCGACGACGGUCGCUCUUGCCGACGGUAAGAGGAAACAACUUUUAGACCGGUACAUCUCGGCUGUCCCGGUGUACUUUGCACCGCACGCAUGUGAACCCGUCACUUUUGACGUGUUGGACACCGACUUCGAUGUCAUUUUGGGGAUGCCUUGGCUUUCUAGCGCGGACCACACGGUCAAUUUCCAUCGACGCACGCUCACGAUUCGUGAUGCAACUGGCGCCGAGGUCACGUGUACUAUUCCUCCUCGCUCUUCCAUUAGGUGCCCAGUCGUGAGUGCCAAAUCUUUUCGAGACACAUGCCGUUCCGAGCAUGUCGAAGAGAUUGGCAUCGCUUUGCUUCGAACCGUCCCGACGACCGAUUCAUCGUCCACAGAGCUGUCUUUCGACCCCCGCGUGACCCGGUUGUUAGACGAGUUCUCGGAUGUUUUUGAGACACCCUCCGGUAUAGUGCCGGACCGACCAAUCUCUCACGAGAUCAUACUUGAGGCCGGAGCCGUGCCACCGAAAGGAUGCAUUUAUUGCAUGUUCGAGGAGGAGCUCACAGUUCUUCGUGUGCAACUCGGCGAUAUACUCGACAAGGGUUGGAUCCGUCCUAGCAGCUCACCGUACGCACGAUGGCAUGGACUGGCACCCGUCGAGUACUUCAGCAAGAAAGUACCUCCCGUGCAUUCGAUCGACGACGCACGGAAGAAGGAGCUUCUUGCCUUCGCCCACGCCCUCAAGCAUUGGCGGCAUUUCCUCCUUGGUCGGAAAGCAUUCCGAUGGGUAACGGAUAACAAUCCGUUGGUAUUCUACAAGUCGCAAGACACGAUUAACAGUACCAUUGCCCGUUGGAUGGCUUUCAUCGACCAGUUUGACUUUUUCCCUGAUCACAUUCCCGGGAAGUCAAACCGUUUUGCGGACACCCUCUCACGGCGACCGGAUCUUUGCACCGCAAUCUACUCUACCUUCGAGAUCGACGACGACUUGCGGCAGAGCUUCAUCCGCGGCUAUCAAGCCGACCCCCACUUUCGCGACAAGUACGCGAAUUGCUCCUCUCCGAAUCCAGUGCCUUCGCAUUUUCGGAUCCAAGAGGGCUACUUGUGCAUUCACGGGGUAAGGAUUUUCUUUGUGUGCCGAAUGAUUCACACUUGUGCACACGGCUUCUUGGCGAGUUUCACGAUGCGCCCGCCUCCGGACAUUUUGGUGUCAACCAUACACUUGGCCGACUUCGCCAGCGGUUCUAUUGGCCCGACCUUCUCAAGGACGCCACCCGCUAUUGUGAGUCCUGCGAAGUCUGUCGGCGUUGCAAGGCACGCAACCAUCGUCCGUUCGGCGAGCUACACCCAUUACCAGUGCCCCUUGGGCGACGGGAAACAAUUGCUAUGGAUAUCACCGGCCCCUUCCCGAAGCACAAGACCGACGUUGAUGGGAUCCUCACCGGUCACCAAGUACGCCAUGUUUUUGCCUUGCCGCUAUCACGCAAAGGCACCGGAGUUAGCCGAGGUCUUAUACACCAGUUGGAUUCGCUCCAAGGGCUACCCCAAGGAGAUCGUUUGCGACCGGGACACUCACUUUCUCUCCGACUUUUGGGUCGCCCUCGUCAAGCGAUGGGGCUCAUCUUUGAAGCUGAGUUCGGCUCGCCACCCGCAAACCGAUGGUCAAACGGAAAGGGCGCAUCAGACCGCUCAAGUCCUUCUCCGCACUCUCAUCCGUCCCGACCAGGUUGAUUGGGUUGAGUGCUUGCCAGAUGUUAAGUUGGCUUACAACUCAUCGAUCCACCCGGCUAUCGGGAUGUCGCCGUUCGAGUUUGAUCAUGGUUCACCCAUCUCAUCGCCGCUGGACGCUACUUCCCCGCGCACAGCCGAGAGCGACGACCAUCUUGCGUUCCUUCGUCGCAUGCAAGAGCUUCUUGUCAAGGCUCGGGAUCAGAUGUCGAAGACGCAAAUACGGAUGAGCCGUCAAGCCAACCACAAUCGCCUUCCUUGCCCGUUCCGCGCUGGCGAUCUGGUUUGGGUCUCCGCAGCGGAGUUCAGCCUUGAGCAAGACAUCUCUCGCAAGCUCCUUCCCAAGUGGAUGGGGCCUUGGCGCAUUCUCUCUGCAGCUGGUGAUGAUCCCGAGGGGCCCUCAUUCCGCAUCGCGCGUGCUUGGCAGCAAUUCAUGCAGCGAAGUGCUCGGCCGCAAGCGGAGUGGAUGCACCCAGAGUCACAAGGAGGCAGUCCAUGCCCUCUUCCCCAACCAUCCGAUGCAUGGUGGGGUGGUUUUCAUCCCCCAUCUCGAGGAACUAAGACGCCAGCAGCAAAAGCUGCAAGUGUUCUUUACAGGGAAGCAUUGCUCUCAAAACGAGUCUUGGCGUUCGAGCACUCUGUUUGCGAGGGAUCUUCUCAUAUCAUGGAGGGAGCCUCUCAUGAGGACCAUCCAGCCGACGGUUUCUCUCAUGCUGUUGAAGAAUCCUCACAUGAGGAUCAUGCAGCUGAGGGAUUCUCUCAUUUAGUUGAGGAAUCCUCUCAUGAGGAUCAUGCAGUUGAUCAGAGUGGCUCGUGUAUUGAAAAUGAUAGGAUGUUCUCUGCAGCAAUAAUAAUUCAAGCAGUCACCAGAGGGUGGUUGGUGAGAAAGAUGGUGAGGCGGUGGUCAUGUGCAGCUGUUCCUAUUCAAGCAGUCGCCAGAGGGUGGUUGGUGAGGAGGAUUGUGAGGAAGCGGUCAUCCGCAGCUGUUCCUAUUCAAGCAGUUGCCAGAGGGUGGUUGGUGAGAAAGAUGGUGAGGCAGUGGUCAUCUGCAGCUGUUCCUAUUCAAGCAGUCGCCAGAGGGUGGUUGGUUGCAUAUCGCAGGUCCUUUCAGCAUAAAUGCUCUGAUGGUCGAGGUUGGGAAUGCUUUGUCAACAGGGUGAUUCGGAUUCAGUCAUUGGCGAGGGGGUUCAUAGCAAGGUGCAGGUUUCAACGACUUCAAAAGGCAGCCUUGCUUGUACAAAAAUUUGUUCGUGGUGGAAUAAUGCACCGUCGAUAUGAGUCGACCGUGCGGAUGACUCCUAAGGUUCAAGCUCUUUGGAGGGCCCACAGAGAGAGGAGGAGAUACGAUGCCAUAAGAAAGGCUGCGAUUCUCAUUCAAGCUGGCUGGAGGAGGUGCAGGGCACAGCACCAGCUGAGACAUGAGAGGCAAGCAGCUGUGCUUAUUCAAUCAAUGGUUAGGCGGUGGCAAUGUGGUCUGAGGUUUGCAAAAGACAAGGAGUCAGCAGUUAUCGUGCAAUCUGCUUGGAGGGGGUACUGGGAGAGGAAAAGGUACCGCAAUGAUAAGGAGGCAGUGUUAAUCAUACAGAGAUUUGCUCGUGGCCACAUUGUGCACUGCCAGUACCAGAGGAGUUUGCAGAUGAUCACUACGGUUCAAGCUCUCUGGAGGGGCCAUAGAGAGAAGAGGAAUUACAAUGCCAUGAGGAAGGCCACGAUUCUCAUCCAAGCUGCCUGGAGAAGAUGCACCAUGCAGAAGAACCUGAGACAAGAGAGGCAAGCAGCUUUGUGUAUUCAGUCAAUGGUUAGAGGGUGGCAAUGUUGUCAAAGAUUUGCAAGGCUAAAGCAGUCAGCAAUCAUCUUGCAAUCUGCUUGGAGGGGAUAUCGGGAGAGGAAAGAGUAUCUCAAUCUCAUGGGACACAUUAUUCUGGUCCAAUCUGCAGCCAGAGGCCAUAUGGCUAGGGUCCAAUACAGCCAAAUAAGGAGGGCAGCAGUGCUGUUGCAAGCUUCCUGGAAGGGCGUCAGGCAACAGAACAGAUAUCGUCAGACGUUGAAAGCAGUGACAGUGCUUCAAGCAGUAUGGAGAGGCUGUAGAGAGAGGAAGAGAUAUCUGUCUUUGAAAACAGCUGUGACACUUAUACAGGCACGGGUACGAGGACGCAGAGAGAGGACAGAAUAUGAGCUCAGGAAACAUGCUGCAGAGAAAGUUGUGAUUUCAUCGCAAGCCAGGUGUCAAAGGUUGAGGUUGGAAGAGGAAAUGAAAGCUGUGACAUUAUUGCAAGCAUCAUGGAGGGGCUGGAGGGAGAGGAAGAGAUACAUGGCUCUGAAAACUGCUGUGAUUCUUGUACAGGCAUGGGUGAGAGGGCACAUUGAGAGACGAAGGCACAAGCGCAACAAGCAAGAUGUGGUGCAAUCUGCAGAUGGAGCCCAACCUCUGGGCUCAUCACAGUGUGGAAUUCCGUCACAAUGUGUUCCAAGGAGUGGAUGGCAUAGCAGGAGGAGAAAAGGACAAAACCGGAGUACAUUCAGUACUCCAGGAUUUAGAAGAGAGCAGAGAGGGAUGUGGUUGCAGAUGGUUUCACUGAAGAAGGCUGUGAAAACACUGCAAUCAGGUUGCAAGGCUCAAUCAGGAUUUGUUGGGAGCACAGUGCAAGCAGGAUGUGAGGAGGUGCAGGAGAAAAGGGCAACGGGAAAUCAGGCCCUAGAAAGACGAGUUGAGGUGAGGGAUUCACAGGUUGAGAGAGUUGUAUCUGUUAUGCUACAGAGAUAUUGGAUGGGAGGAGUGGGAGAUUCUGAGUCUGCGGUGAUGAGAAGCAAAGGGAUGUUUAUGCCAGAGGUUUUGACUAGCACCGAGAACGAGCGGGAGGUGCAAACGAGGGGAAGGAAUGGCCUGCUGGCAGCGGAAGGGUCUCAGGGAUGUCAUCUGACAAAAGCAAAGGUUGUAGAGCAGAGCAACAGUGAGCUGCCAAGGUUCAGCACUGAGGAAAGGACAGAGGAUGCCAGUGUUUCUGUCAGAGAAACACUGCAAACAACCCCGGACAAAAAUUGUAUGAGAAGGGCGUCCAGGCUGUUAAAGACGGUCAGAGUUGUUGCACAAACUUUGGGCAGGGAAAGGAAGGAGAUGAAGAAGUUGGUUGCCAGGAAGAAAAGCACUACAAAAACGACAAUGUGCCCUAAACGUAGAUCAUGUUCCAUGAGAAGGAAAGACCAGUUGGCACUACAGAGAAGCACUCGGAUCCUCAGCGCUAUUAUGAGUGGAUGGAGCAGGAAGAGAAACCACAUUGAAGGGGAGGCAUCCGGUGUUUCGCUUGCACGGACGAUUCAGCAGUGGCGUGCGGCGUCAAGGAAGGCCAUAUUGCUCAGCAAGAAGAUUGCACUGAUUCAAGCCACGACAUCAAGGAGUGAGGCAAGACGGCCAAGCUAUCACCAGCAGAUGAAAAGAUCAGCGGCUGUGAUUUCACAAGUGGCAUGUCGGGCCCAUACCAUCCAAUCCCAUCUCAUGAAAUCGAUGAUGAGCAUGGAUUCUCGAGAUGGAUGCCAGAGAUGUCACUCUGACAGUGUUGUAGGUGACAAGGGAGUCGAAUGGAUUUCAGCGGCAGAAAGUGAAAGGAUCUCUCAAAAGGUUGUGUUUCACGAAACAGUGCAAACUGAGGCUUGGAGUUUUCAGUCAGAGGGUGAGGGCAAAUCGGAUGAUGCCUUGCCAGUCGUAUCUAAGUGUGAACUCCAAGAGGGGAAGGGGGAGAAGCAGGUUGAACUUCCUUGUUUGGUGGAGAUAACACAUCCCAGAGGAGCGCAUCGUCCACAAGGUCCACACAUGGAAACGGGUGGGGAAAUAACACAGCAGAUGAAUGCAGCUGCUACUCUACUUCAGAGAUGGUGGAGAAGGAGAAGGAUGGAUCAGGGAUUAAGGAUUAUUGAAAAGUGGGUGCCUGUCUGGCGAGCAAGGAGGGGGUUUCAGAGAGCACGGAAGGCCGCUGUUAUUCUGCAAAGAUGGUGGAGAAAAACAGUUGGGAAAUGGGGGGAUAGGGACGAAGCCAAGAAGCGGAGACAAGCUGCUGAAAUUGUACGAAAACAGUUCUUGCGGAUGAGGGAUGCCACAGUUUAUCUUCAGGCACAUUUCAGGGGUCAUCUCGUCCGCCUUAGGAAUGGGAAGAAGAUCCAGAACAUCAGGAUGAGGUUGAUGAUUCUGGCAGGCCAAGUGCAGGAGCCCAUGCGCAUCAGGAACCUUACAAGACAAGCACUCGAGGUGCUGUUGUCAAGUGAGAGUUUACCUCCUAUUACUAGGGCAUGUGAGACAUUAGAUAUGACAACAAGGCAUUCCCGUGAAUGUUGUGAGCAGAUGAUCCUGAGUACCAGAUCGAUCUCAAUUCUACUCAAGUUCGUUCAGUCUUGCAAUCGAUCUGCUCCGCGGCUGCAGCAAGUGAAACAUGCUCUAGGAAUUCUAAGUAAUCUUUGCCGGUAUCCGCACAUGGUUGAAAAGAUCUAUGAGGUGCCCAAAGUUGUCGCGGUCUUGCUUGAGCAAAUUCAGACAUUCAAUGAACACAGCGAUAUCUUUCUGCUAGCUCUCAAGGUCUUCAAGGCCCUGUGUGCAGACUCAAAGCGCUCAGAGGAGAUUGCUGCCAUGACUGGUGUGUGGAAGGGUUUGGCAGGUGUAUCAUCACUCAUCAAGCGUAAAGUUGAUAUGGAGCAGAGAAUUGCAUCUCGACAGCAAAGAAGGGGAACCCAAAGUGCGGACGAGGUAACGAAGAAAGCUGAAGCUUUCAUGACACAGCUAAGUCAACUGAAUGAAGUGAUCACUUUACUGGAGAGAUCUAUGCCUGCACCAACUCGAAAACCUGCCAGGAAGGCAAGUUCCACCAGCUCUUCGAGGCAAAAUGCUGUGCCCGUUUCAUCUCGCGGCUCCAGACAAGCUUUCCAAACCUCAACCGGCUCUUCGGGACAAAGUUUUGGCCGGUUUUCAGCUUGCGGGUCCCGGCAAACCGUUUCGAGUUCCUCGCGCACAUCCAGACAAAGUACUAGUGUACUUCCAGCACGCAGUUCCCGGCAAAGUACUGUGCCAGAUUCCACUGGUGGUUCCAGAAAAAGUUCUGUGCCAGUUGCAGUUUGCAGCUCUGGACCAGGAGCAACAUACAGAAUUUUUGCAGUUCUGGACAAACUGUACCAGGGCGUUGUGAACACAGUCAAACCAUGAUGGCAAUAGGUGUACUACGGGGGCCUCGAGACAAGCUGUGCGGCCAGCAACACAGAGAAUCAGAGGCUGAGAACCAGAUAUGGUAGGUGGUAUCAGUCGUGUUGUAUUUGUAUAAGUUAGUGUGUGAACACAGUCAAACCCGGGUAGCCUCCAAAUGCAUUCUCUUCAUGUUUCCAUUCUGGACGUGCUCUGAUGGCCAUUACUGCAAAGCAGGGCGUUGUGAAGAGUAGGCUGAUUUUGUUUCACUGUCUGACUUUCCAGCUCUAUGACUAUCUGAUUGUCUGACUGUCGGGCUGUCUGACUGUCGGGCUGUCUGACUGUCGGACUGUCGGACUGCCUGACUGCCUGACUGCCUGACUGUCUGACGAAUGACUGUCUGACGUAUGACUGUAUGCACACUGUCAUCCCAACAGCCUCCUUUCUCAAAGCUGAUCUGAAUGGCUUGCAUGGUUGUAUCCAAACGUAUUAGAAAGAAUUAUUUGUAUAGCAAAACUAAUGGAUAUACCUUCUAACCAUGCCGAUAUAGACACUGCAGAGCUGCAAGCCUAAACAUCCUACACAGACUAUUCUAAACAGAAAAUAGCAAUCACAAACGCUUCAUGUAAUAUCUGCAGUGCAUUUAUUAUGCGUGUUUUUUUCUGAAUAAUAUCCUGCCAAUGGGCCAGUGACCUUCAGCGGAUCAACCGGUGGUUUUCUUACUUGUAUUGGGCUCCUUUUUCCCAACUGCUUUUUUAACUUUGAAUUUUCUAGUCGAUGGCUGCACUUGCAGCAUUAUCUAGUUUUUUUUCCCCUUUUCCCUUGCAUCUGUAUCAUCCAGUGUCCAAUGUAUAUCUGUAUGAUGAUUUAUCUAUUUUAAAUCAUUUUGAACACCUCUUCCACCUCUCUCUUCGCUUCUCUGUUUUGUACCUUGUGCCAAUUAUUCACUCGGUAUUGGACUACUGAAGUCCUGCUCUGCCUAACGACCGUCCUCUCUUUGACAAUUGUUCCUUUGGCUGUCACUGCUUUCUUUCAUGGACCCAUCCCAUACUGGCAUAGAAACUAACUCCAAUGAAUGUGGUAAGGAAAAUCUGACCAAAUGCGUACAUGAUAAUCCUAAACUGACCAUCUCCAUUAGAAGUCAGAACGGAAGCCUCAACAGCAAUGUACCUGAUUACGAUUCUAAUGUGCCUCAACAGCAAUCUGCCAAUGUACCACAACCACAUCUCUGCCCCUACACAUUCACUUGGCCACGAUUGCCGUUAGAAUACCUGCGUCACGUCGGUAGUCAGGCUCUGGUCUCCUCUGUUCCUAUAGGCCCUGAAAAGUUGGUGAAGAGUGAAAGUGAAUUAGCAGCCCACGCUCGUGAUGUAUGCAAACAAAUUCAUUAUUUUAAU